AAAUACCCUCCCACUCCCGCGAUAUAAGACGGCUGAUUAGGGUUUUUCCUCUUCGCUGUGCUUCCGAAGCCUCCGCCGCUUGUAGCCGAAGCGCAGAGAGGAAGAAGAGAGCGCAAGCCUUCCGAUAAAGAUGGGGAAGACUCGUGGUAUGGGAGCUGCUCGCAAGCUCAAAACCCACAGGAGGCGGCAAAGAUGGGCAGACAAAGCAUACAAGAAAAGCCAUCUUGGCAAUGAGUGGAAGAAGCCCUUUGCCGGUUCUUCACAUGCCAAGGGCAUUGUUCUUGAGAAGAUUGGCAUUGAAGCCAAGCAGCCCAACUCUGCUAUUCGCAAGUGUGCCAGAGUUCAGCUUAUAAAGAAUGGGAAGAAAAUUGCAGCCUUUGUGCCAAAUGAUGGUUGCUUAAACUACAUUGAAGAAAAUGAUGAAGUGUUGAUUGCUGGAUUUGGACGGAAGGGUCAUGCUGUUGGUGAUAUUCCUGGAGUAAGGUUCAAGGUUGUGAAGGUUUCUGGCGUGUCGCUACUGGCACUCUUCAAGGAAAAGAAAGAGAAGCCUCGGUCUUAAAAUUUCAUCCUGGGGUCCUUUUGGAUGGGAACCAUUCUGAUUCUCGUCUCUUUGUUAUUUUCACUCUGUAGGCCAGUUUUCUGGGGACAUGUCUGGGAAGUUCUGUAGACUGCUAAGCAGAUUUUUCAUAGUUAUGCCAUGUUGUUACUUUUUUAUAUGCACUUGCAAUUGAUUUGAUCGUCAUAUUUACUGCA